GCGCAACACAGUGUAGUUAACAUUAAGAAGGGGGAGGUCUGGGCUCACAGAACAUCUAGAAUAUUGAGCCCAAUUACGUUGACCACCGGACACACGUUUGUGAUAUCAUAUCUCUGGCUUUAAAUUACUUGUAACCAAAAGUUAAAAUGAGUAACAAUCAUAUAAUUAUCCCAACCGGAAGCCACCCGGACACAUUACCGGAGAUCUUAGCCGCCGUCAACUUCCUGUCUGGCCUUCUACGGACCCGUCUUGGGGAGCAGCAGUUACAUAGGUUCGAAGGAGCCAUGUGUGACACGUUAGCAGAGCACUAUCAGCAUCAUUGGUUCCCAGAAAAGCCUGCCAAAGGUUCUGGCUAUCGCUGCAUCCGUAUUAACCACAAGAUUGAUCCAAUCAUCAGCAAAGUUGCCAUCCGCAUUAACAUGAGCAGCCAGCAGCUAUUCAGCCACCUACCUAAAGAACUCACCCUUUGGGUAGACCCUUAUGAGGUCUCCUACCGGAUUGGGGAGGAUGGAUCCAUAUGUGUCCUUUAUGAGGUUCCUAAUGUUAGGGGGCCCUUAAACUGUAAGAGUGAGCUAAUGGGUUGCACCAAACAGCCCAACCAAUACUUGAUGACCGUAGGCAGCUAAACCCCUGCCCUCUGGGACCUCCCCGCACACUGCUUGUGUAUUUGUAAAUACCUCGCUCUGGGAGCCAUGUUUUCUAAUGAAGAUCUAUUUAUAUUUUUAAAGGAUUUUUGAGAUAAAAAUGAAUUGUAUUGAUACCUAGUAUUUUUAAUUCUCAUCUGAGAAACACUAAUGCACUAGUACAGCAUGUUACAGCUCCUACAACAGUCUGCAGUCAUUGAAUAAAUGCGCCUUUAGUAUGUUAAUGCACACGAAUGCUGAGGGACAUUUUGAGCACUUCAGAUUUUACCCUGAACAUCAUUUCCAUGUAUAGUUUACUUAAAACUGGGUACUGAAUUUAUGCCACACUUCAUUGGACCAGCUUGGCUACAAACAUUGCACUUUAUUACUAGUUUAGAAGUGGGGGGGGGGGGGGGUGUUGAGGUUUAACUUUUGCUGUAAUGUAGACCUUUGCUUUCUGUGUUUGAGACUUGGGACAUGUUGCAGUGCGGCAUAUCUGUAGAACAGAGUACAAGUCCUCAGCACAGAGGUGGUAAUCAUUGCAAUGCUACAAUUAUGGCAAAAAUGACCUCUCGCAGAAUUCUAUCAUUAGGUUUCCCAUGUUUACAAUUUUUAGGAAGCCAGCUUGCCUAUGAAGAGGUGUAUUGCCUAGGAUACAUAGGUCUGUUUCCCCCUUUAUUAAAACUGUUAAUUUGCACCUUGAGUAAUGGCCAUCAAGUUUCCAGGUGUUUCAAAUGCCACUUUUGAAGUAGUAAUACAUUUUGAGGAUGUGUAUAAAUCACCUUUUACACUAACUGCCUGUUCCAACUUCAAACCAGGACUGUUGGUUGUAAAUAAGGGAAAAGUAUCAUCUUGAAAUGUCUCCUGUUGUGUAUACGCACACAUUAAUUCACCAACAGAAGUGCCUUCUCCAUGCUACAAAGGUGUAACUGAGCCAAAACUGCAGAUCUUGUACAUACAUGUGACACUUUCCUACCUGCAGCAUUUAGUAGACUCCUUUUGAAAGUUGUGAAGUCGACUGCCACUUUUGGUGAAUAGGAUACUUUCUUCCAAGCAGUGAGACUUGAGCUGGCAUCUGGCUCUGCUGCUUGUUUUUGCUCUUUAUAGAAUACACAUUUUAAUGGGGAGUGUUAACUGCAUUGUUACAAUGUACUGUCUUGUUGGGUGCUGUAUAGCUGUUACUUUGUAAUAAAAAAAGAAAUCCUGAA